UGAACCAGCCACUCUUAAUUCAAAGUGACUUACUUGUUCCUUCUUUCAUGAGAAUUGGUGUAGUCUUCUAUGCUGUGAGGUAUGGCUCUGAAUGGAGAAGAGACCACUGAAGGAGGUUAAGUCCUUGCUGCUGUUGAUGUUGGGGCUCACCCUCCUGUGGGAGGUGGCAGCUCGGAAAAACCCAAAGGCAGGGGAUGCAGCCCUGUGCCCUCCCCUGGAGGAUAACAGCGUGAGGGUUGACAUUCGCAUCCUCAGGCAAAACCAGGGGGCUAUUUCCAUCUCAAAUGAUUUCCAGAACCGCUCCAGUUCUCCCUGGGAUUACAACAUCACCCGGGACCCCAACCGCUUCCCCUCGGAGAUCGUGGAGGCCCAGUGCCGGCACUCGGGUUGCAUCAACGCUGAGGGGCAGGAAGACAGCUCCAUGAAUUCCGUUCCCAUCCAGCAGGAAUUCCUGGUUCUGCGGAGGGAGCCCCAGGGCUGCUCUCGCUCCUUCCGGCUGGAGAAGGUGCGGGUGACCGUGGGCUGCACCUGCGUCACCCCCAUCGUCCGCUACAUGCGCACCUGAACGGCUGCCUGGCUGAAGCAGCUGGGAAACGCCAUCCCUUACCCAGCGCUCUGCAGCCAGUCCUGUGCGGUCGCAGUUUUCUCCACGUCAUAGGCCUCUUGAUAAGACCGGCACGGAAUUCUCAAAGCUCUGUAGUAGAUAUAGUGUUAAAUUUCUGGGGCGCCUCUGAAUCGUAGCAUAGUCCUGAGCAGCUCCACUGCCCCAACCCCCUGAAAACAGAUGGAGGAGAAGGAAGGCGCCCUUGGCCUGCUCGGUUUAUGCGCAGCGUUGACUACUUCCUAGCUGCCACUGUGACGCGGUGCCAUUCCCUGGGAAUUCUGUUGGUAAAAUGGGGCUCUGUGCCAUGUGGAUGAAAAUGUAGGAAAUAUAACCACAGUUGAAGAGUGUGUGGCAGAGACUGUGCAGGGUGGGGUGGGGUGGGAAGGAUGGGGGUAACCAUCUAGGGCCUAUGUUUAUUGAGCAUUUGUUAAACACAGAAGUUGGCCUGAUAUUUACGUUUGUAAGGAAACUGUCUAUAUAUUUAUGAUAUAUUGGUUAUAUAAAAUUUUAGGAGAAAAAUGAACAU